AUGACUGAUGUCUGUGGCGAGGUUCAAUGUGUGACUGAAGUAAACGAAGAAGAACGAAUCGAUAUUACCACCUAUGAACAAGUGUUUCUUGAAGCAGAUUUGGCACAGCACAUUACAAAUGUACCACAAUCAACCUCAUUAACAUCACCGUCCGUUCCCUUAGCAAUUAUAUUAACUACUGAUACUCCAAUAUUAGCUAGCGAACGUUUAUUGCCAGCAAUCACGAUAUCAGCGUCAGCCACAGCAAGUAACGAUCAAAUUGUUGGUAAGAAUCUUUUUAUACUUUUCACUAAUCUAUUACUAUUUCAUGAUAACAUCGGUGAGUUACCAUCAUUAUAUACAGGUGAUGGUACAUUAGAAUAUGUUCCUCUAAAACUUAGGCGAGCGAUAGUUGAAGGUGCUGAUAUUAAUCUAGCCCAAAUACUAAUUCCGUAUGAGGGUAUACAAACAGUGCGUGAGGUAGAAACGGUGGCUACCUGUGUUUAUUUAAAACAAACGACAGAUCCACGUAUUAAUAAAAUCCGCACACUUCGAGAAUUUAUUAUCCCAUUCGUCAUAUCAACAGCACGUGUGACACUCAUCCAAACAGACGUCGAGAGCUGA